AUGCCUGCCUCGGCCCUGACCGACCAGCCCAACAUACAUCCUGUGACGCUGCAGCCGUUCAGUGCGGCCGAGUUGGAGAAAUAUGGAUACGAGAAACUGCGAGAACAGGUGGUUGCGGGGGCGAAGGGGGGUAGCGGCACAGGGGGUGGUGGUGGUGGUGGUGGCAGCAGCAGCAGCACAGGAGCUGGGAGUGGUGGUGGUGGUAAUGUUGGUGAUAGCACUGCAACUUCGAAACAAACACAAGAAAUUCACCGCAUUCGAGACGAAACCGCCGAGUUGUUGAGGCAGAAACUCCAGGACAGAGAGGCCAAAAUCCGCCAGAUUGAGCGGGAGAUGGCGGAGAAGGAAAAAACCCGCGAGGUGGAGAGGAAGGUGUUUCAGAAGAAAUUUGGGGCUGGGAAGGAUUUGUGA